AUGUUGUUCCGAACAUCAGCCCUCUCGGUAGCGGUGUGUAGCAUUGUAUAUCUAUCAGAUGCGCUAUCUAUAUCGACGCCCGACAGUCUUUACAAUAAGAUUCGUGUUCGCCAGGAGGAUGCCGAAAACCCCGACUCGAGUGCUUGCGGCUAUAUCAUCGACAACGUCAAUGCUGGAUACGCUUAUCACUAUGCAUACGACGCAUACGCUUGCCUGAACAGUGUACCUUUCAACACCGAUGUUGCCACUCGCUUCAUCACGUACAUCAACGACACCGUGCAGUUUCAAAGCACUCUUGCAUAUCUCCGGGAACCUCCAGUUGGAUAUCAGCAGCCCGCUGUGGAUAUCCUGUCGGAAUUGACGCAAAUCCAGAACAACAUCACGACGCAAGUCUACAAGAACCAAUAUCAGUUCGAGGUUGACGUACAGCACUUACUGGAUAGAGCUCAUGAUGGUCACAUGUAUCUGAGAGGCGGCAUCAUGGCGGCUUUCUCAUUCCUCGCGCCGUAUUCCAUCACCGCUGCCUCGCCGGACGGUGCAAGUCUACCGAAGCUUUACCUCACGAACGACCUGGUAACAAGCCGAGACGAAGGUAGGAUGCCUAUCGCAAUCGCUACAAUCAACGAGAUGGAUGCUGUGGAGUACGUCACAAGAUUGGCAAGCAUCAAUGCCGUUGGUGGUAUAGAACCAAAUGCCGACUGGAACCAAUUGUUCUACACACCUGCCUCCGCCAUCCAGGGAUUCGGUGGUAUUUGGGACAGUGGCGUACGCUUCUAUCCAGGAGACGAGAUUGCGCUGGUCAUGGAGGACGGUACCGAGUACCUUGAUUACUGGCUCGCGCUCUGGAAAGAGCCGUAUGAGACGGGCCCACUCACUACUGGUGGAGAUCUCUACAACUACUUUGUUCUCAACUACUUGCCCGCCUCGUAUGACCCGAGUGGAAACUUCUACAACCCAGCAUAUGCUAUUCCCGAAGACCUCAACACAACUGGACCUGUUGUCGCUCCUACACCUGAUCAGCAGUCUUGGAAUAUCAAAUCUAGCGGAGCAUAUCCCAAUCCUGAUGUUCGACAAGAGGGUCUCGCAGUUCGCAGCGAUGGCAUUGUCUCAGGCUAUUUCCUACCACAGGUCAACGCUGCGACACUCAGCAUUCCUUCGUUUGCACAAUACUCUGACUCCAUCGGUGACUUUAGCAAUGCCAUAUCAGACUUCAUCAGCAACACAACUAAACAAGGCUUGAAAAGAGGUGUGAUAGACCUCCAGCAAAACACCGGGGGUACCGUAGAGCUUGCCUUUAGCACCUUCAAGAGAUUUUUCCCGAACGUGGAUCCAUACGCAGGAAGCAGGCGCCGAAAUCAUCAUCUCGGAAGCAUUAUCGGCGAAGCAUACACAUCUUACUUCAAUAGUCUUAAUCCUAGCGAUCCUGACUAUAACGACUUCCUCGCUGCUGAAUGGACGGCUACGUCCAAACUCAACGCUAUAACGGGUCAAAACUUCACUAGCUGGGCUGAAUACACAGGACCUGUGCUGGAAAAGAGCGAUUCCUUCUCGCUCACAGAGCGAUACAAUCUUUCGAACUCCGCGUUCACUUCGGCUUUGUUCGAAGGCUGGGUGCCAUCGGGCUAUGCUCCUGAGUAUCCCCUGGACUACACGACUCCACCAUUCGCGGCCGAGGAUAUUGCCAUAUUGACAGAUGGAGCUUGUUCAUCCACAUGCGCUCUUCUGGUCGAGAUGUUCAAGCAGGUCGGCGUUCGAACCAUUGUAGUAGGCGGGCGUCCAGCCACCGGCCCCAUGCAAGCUGUAGGAGGAAAUCGCGGUGCCGCAAUUUACUCCGCCGAUCGAAUCGACUAUGACCUCGGUGCCGUCUCAUCUCCCGCGUUCAGCGUCGACAACGCAACAUUGGCCACGGUUCCUCAGCUCACAGCCAGUGACUACCGGGAUUCCGGUGUCUUCACAGCAGCCUUUGGCAUCAACCUCAGGGACCAGGUCAGACCCAACGACACAGAGCCGCUCCAAUUCAAAUACGAACCUGCCGAUUGCCGCAUCUUCUACACCGUAGCAAAUGUCUUCAACUACACCCGCUUGUGGUCCGAUGCUGUCACCGCCAUGUUUGACGACACUUCAAAGUGCGUCGCAGGCUCCACAGGCUUCUCGAACUCAAAUAAGACUGCGCCAAAACCUGCGCCAGCCGCAUCAGCUCCACUCACUCUCGACAUCGGUCAGUCUGAUGCUUUACUAGACGGUGACAACCUCAAUGAGUCAGGCGGUCCGCAGAACACAGCAGAGCCUGCACAGAGCUUCGCCAUCGACCCAUGCUCGCCCAGUGGAAACUGUAAAUUUCCCCGUGUCCAGAAAUGCAGAAACAUCUACGCGACCGUCUGCGGCACCUUCGACGAAUAUCCAUUGUGUCUCCCGCAUACACAAGAUAAGCUCGCAUGUGACGCUACAACUGCAGAGUGGGAGCCAGACCCAUUGGUCGACGUAGAGCGUGGUACUCUCAAGCGAAGAGCUGGCCUUGGUUUGGUGGCACCGAAAAAGCCAGUAGGUGGAGCGGCUCCGUCGGGCCUCAAGCCAGGUGUGCCGAGGAGCAAUGAACAGCAGCUACGAACCAAGAAGUAUGGGCGAUGUAGGCCGAAGAAAGGCGAGAACUUCAAGCUUCCGAGCUGUCCUUUUGGAUAA